UAUCAUCUACUUCCGGAGCUAAUUGGCGAACGGAAACUCAACAUCACGCUUAUUUUAAUAACCAUGGGUAUAUAAGUAACUAUAUUUACGUCGAGUUUAAUUAGCAAAAUAAAUCGUAUCAAGGAUUUUUUAAGAAAAAAAGAUUUACAAUGACUUCUAUUUACGGGCGCCCUGACAGUGUUAAUAAGGAUUUCAGGCAAAAAGAUAGACCGAUUCAGAAUUUUCCGGACUACUUGAGAUAUGUAGCUGAGCGUUCGAAAGCCGGCUUUGACAAAGUCCACGAGGAAUUUCAUAAAAUCUUUGACGGUACAUCGUGGAAGAAAGAAAAACGACCAGACUCAAAGACACUGAUCUAUGCUACUCGUCCUGGGUUACGAGACAGACUGUCUGGAAAUUUUAAGAAAAACUUCAGGUGGACCGCAGGCAGUAGUUUACCGAAGGAAGAAUCGUUCUUAAGUUACAUUCCGGAGGAAGAUUGUUCUGACGAAAAUGAGAUCAAAGUAUCCGCAACAAUGUCUGCGUCAAUUGUAGAAAAAUCAUCGACAGUCUUUAACUUUGACGAGGAAGAACCAUUGGCAGUAGAGAAAAGCGUUAAGAUGAAACCUCCAAUCAACGCGAGAUAUAGUGCACAAGCGAAGUCAAAUGUAAUGGACCGCUGUGGUGAUACUCAUAAAAGUAGUCUGCGUCUUAACAAAGGCAUGUCCGAUCAAAUUCUUACGUUAAAUGCACAUCAUACUGUAAGUGCACCUAUGCCUUGCAAUUCAAACCAAUAUCUGAAAAUGGACGGGGUUUAUACAAAGCCAAAUAACGAGGAAGAUUACGCCUGUAUGUUUAAAGAUCGGGACUAUAAAUCUGGUGAUUUUGUUAAUGUGCAUUUUGAUUAUGAGAACAUCCCAAAUGAUUUAACUGAAAUAGACAAUAAGCCGAUAUGCGGACCAACAAAAAGUUCAUCGCCAGAUUACAUCAACAUCAAAAGCAUUCGACCAGUGCCAAAUAAGAGACCAACUGUUGCCUCACGUCCUGAGCGAACUUACGACGUCCCUCCUGCACAUAUCCGCAGUUACCUGUCUGAAAGUGGGAACUCGAACGAAUCGAAUAGUUCCAUUGAGACGCCGAAGAUAACACGAAGUCAAACAAACGCAGCUGAGCGUAGCUCUACAGUAUAUCAUCAACGGGUUACCAGAAAACCAUGUAACGGACAUUCUAAACAAACAUUCUAUAGCAGAUUUCCAGAUUGCCAAGAUCCCUCGAAUGCUAUGUAUGACGUGCCACCAUCGGAUAUCAGAGCAGUCCAUAGUUUAGACAAGGAAGACGACGAAGACCUUUAUCAGGUACCCCGAACUGUAAAGGAAGUGAAAAUAGUGCCAGAAGCGUGUUGUACUAAUACUGCGGUACAGAACAUCACCCUUGUCAAUGAAACGGAAUUCUUUCUAUACAAUUCUUACGAACUGGCAUUUUACCUCAACAAAUUUGGCUUUGCAACAUUAGCCAAGGUUUGUCAAGAAUUCGGGUUUGAUGGUAAGCAUUUUCAAACUUUAACUACAGACGAUUUACGAAAAGCGCCGUAUUCGCUUAAACCUGCACAAGUCAAACAGUUUGUGAAACUUAUUUAUGGUUGCACACAACACAGUGGCAAUUGUAUUGAUAAAAAUGAUGAUGAUGGGAAUUAUGACAUACCGCCAGGAGAAAGGCAAUUCCUAGUAGAUCUCAAAAAUAAGACGUGUAUUGGAAAGGAAAGAAACAAAGUAACUAUUACACCUGAAAACUGCAGAGAUGAUAUCGAAGAUCUCUACAUAAACUGGGAAGCAAUGCAUCUUACAAAACAAAAUGAUGCAAAGCACACAAAUGAAGCCGUUUCAAUAUGUCCACUAGCGAAGUGAUUUCAUAUUUCAAUGAAAACGGUCUAAGCGAAAUGGCUGAGGUCUGCGAGGAAAAUUGAUUUGACGGAGAAUACUUUAUAAAUAUAACUGCUGAUGAUCUCAAAAAGAUUCCAUUCCGUAUGAACGGGUUUUAUAUCUCAAGAUUUAUUAAACUCCUAAAGAGACAGGAAAACAAACCACUGUAGACUCACCAUGUAGGCUCACCAAAU